AUGGAUGCAGCAAAACCAGUUGCUACUCCCUUGGCUGUGAACACUAAAAUCAGCAGAAUUGGUACACAAAAAAUUGAGGAUCCAACUCUCUAUCGCAGUGUAUGUGGAGCAUUGCAGUAUCUACAUCUCACUCGCCCUGAUAUUGUUGUCACAGUUAACAAAGUGUGUCAGUUCAUCCAAGACCCUUACAUCGAUCAUUGGGAGCUAAAUAAAUGCAUACUCAGGUAUCUCAAGCACACAGUUCAACAUGGUUUGGUUUUGCAAAUAUCUUCAGAUAUCAGUCUUCAUGCCUACACUGACUCUGAUUGGGCUGGGAGUCUCGAUGAUCGCAAAUCCACUAGUGGAUAUUGUAUCUAUUUUGGCAAUAAUCUUGUAUCUUGGAGUACAAGGAAACAAAAAACUCUUUCUAAGUCAAGCAUGGAAGCAGAAUAUAGAGGCAUAGCCAUAGCAACUUCUGAACUAAUAUGGCUUCAAUCGUUGUUAAAAUAA